AUGGUUUCGUCACGAUUCACACCCGAGCAUGAUGAGCUUCUGCUUUCCGUUGCCGGGCGCCACGGCACAUGGCCAGAGCGAGUGCAGGCGUUCACCGACGAGCUCCAUAAGAGGAGCGAUUUCCUGCCAAUGCCCGAGCCAGCUUUCACGUUGCUGGAGAUUCGAAACCACUUGAAUGAACUGUGUAAAAUUGUUCCAAUUGGGUUGGUCAAGUCUCUCUCGUCGGGUUGGUACCCCAAGCGAACAGAGCUACUGCAAACCAUCGACAAUAACACAGUAGGGGAGUCCAAUGAAGUGAAGACCGUGCUGUUCAAUCACGCAGUCAAGGAGAAAGGUUGGAGCUUCAUUGCAACACUUGAGCAAGUCAAGUGGAAACUGGGGCGGUUGCCUAGGAACAACCAACACACUGGAACAGCAAGUGCACCUGCACUGUCCACUUCUUCUCGACAAAGCUCUGGUAUGAAACGUCCCAGCACUAACAGCACUGGAACUUGGAUUAAGAGCAAGCGCCAACACGUUGAAAAUGAUGCCACAACGGAGAGUGAUAAGCCCGCAACAAACACCAUCCUUCCCGUGGUUGAUCAUGUCGAGAAUGACUCCUGUCUGGUUGACAAUGGUUUCGAGGGGGAGUGUAUCGUCACAGAGAGCGAUGGAAGUGACAUUGGGCGCAUUGAAGGUGACGGUGCUCCUGGUGUUUCGAGGGGAGAACCAGUUCCUUCUCCAGAGUCUGGAAAUGGUGCUGGAACAGCUAAAGCUCAUGGACACCAACGUGGAGAGAUUAACGUGUGCCGAGACGUGAGAACUGAAGUGGAACAGACGAGGAUUGACAACCAGAACGAAGCAGAAGAAACAAUGACUGCUCACUUACGCUCGCUAGUGAACAACAAGCUGAUGAGUGAUGUGGUGUUCGUUGUUGAAGGCACCGACAUUUUUGCGCACAAGUGCAUCUGCAUACGCAGCCCAUUCUUUAAAACCCUGCUUUCUGCGGAGAGUUCACAAAACAGAUUUCUCUGUGUGAAGAUAACUGAUGUAAGUUGUGCGGCGUUCCUAGCCUUGAUCGACUACGUGUACACCGACCAAGUAAACGUAUCGAGUGAUAAUGUGGAACUGUUUGUCGCUGCUGAUCGGUUUGGUAUUGAAAGUCUCAAGCAACAAUGCUCGAAGAAAUUGCUAGACUCACUGUGCGUUGACAACGCUGCCAACACACUGCUCGCGGCAAUACAGCACCACGAUCCAGUGCUACGUGACGCGUGCUUCACCUUCACACUUCGCAACCUUGAAAAGGUCUCAAAAACGAAAUCUUUUCACGAGAUGGCAAGACGUGACCCCGAGAUGGUGGUCAAGAUCGUGCAGAAGGUGUCAAGUCUUGUCCACAUCUCCUAACUGGUGGGCUAUUUCAUUGGAUACUCAAAAGCUUUAUCUUCUCCGGAUUAGUGCUGCCGUCACUGCACUAACGAUAACAGCGCCCGCGAUAGCAGCUGUACGGAUCUGGUUGGGUGAGAAAUCACGG